CCUAAAAUAUGUUUGAGACAAAAUGUAUUUGACACACCUUGUUUUGAGCGACGUAAACUUCUGCUUCUGUCACUUCUUAUGAAGGCAAAAUCAAAAAGAAAAACAUAUACAAAAUACAAAAAUUAACACAAAAUGUUUCGCAUACAAAAAUUGCUACUCGAAGAAUUUCGUGAAAUCUACGAGCCUGUAAUUGUAGAGAAUCCAUUUACGCAAGUGACCGAAGAUGGGCAAGGUAUCAGACAAUAUCACAUUGGCCUCACACCAUCAAAAAUCAUCUUCGGCUGCGACGAUUUCGAUCUGACAGAUAUGGAUAAUUAUGGCUAUCAUAGCAUGGAUCCCGAAAUAGAAACCUUUCAACUGGUCAGCUUGUUGCCGCUGCAGUUUUUGUUAGUGAAAUUUUUUCGCAAGCAGGGACGUUGUAUUAUGCGUCUAUGCAUCGUCGGCGAUGAGGAUAAGCCGAUGUUUUUUGAAUUUGGUGGUCACUUGUAUAAAAAUUUGUUGUGGAAUACGUGGCGUGAGCGUAUUGCCACAAUACGUUUGUCACAGCCUAUGUUCUUCAACAUAUCUGGAUGCAGCCCAUUCUCGAGCACAGAUGUGUUGGUGGAGGACGAGGAGGUGGAAGCGCUGGUGCAUUCGGCGCCACAUUCGGUGGCUAGUUACUGCAUGAGCCUCGGACGCCAGUGA